UUUUUAAAAAUCUUCAACAGAAAUGGCAUGGACGUUGAGGGCGCUACCCACAAGUUCGUCGUGGACCUCAUCAAGCAGGGGGGCAACGAACUCACGCUGACGGUCAUCUCGGUGCCCAACUUCCGCGAGGAGAAGAAAGACCAGAGCGACGAGUCGUCCGGGUAUUCCUACUGCGAUUACAGCGACAAACGACCUGUGCCUAUAACCAUACCAGACUACCAACACAUUACCAGUGAUGGAGAAAAAUAUGUGGUUUACAACGUCUACAUGGCGGGCAGACUGCUCUGCUCCCACCGAUACAGCGAGUUUGCCAACGUCCACGCCAAACUCAAGAGGGAGUUCAUCGACUACCAGUUUCCUAAGUUUCCCGGCAAGUGGCCCUUCACGCUAUCCGAUCAGCAGCUAGACACAAGGAGAAGAAGCCUAGAGCAUUACAUAGAGAAAGUAAGUGCUGUCAGGGCCAUUGGUGAGAGCGACAUCAUGCGAGACUUCCUCAGCACAGAGAUAGACGACACAGAGCCGGAGAGGUCGAGUCCAGAGCCUCCUAAGGUCCAGGUUGAGAUGAGGAUAAACCUUCCAGACAGGACGUCUGUCACGGUAUCGGUCAGGAGGAACAACACUGCAGAUGAUGUAUAUAAUAGUCUAGUUCACAAGAUUGCCUUGGAUAAAGGGAUGGUCAAUUAUUUCUACCUGUUUGAAACCACUGAAAGUGGCUUUGAUCGGAAACUAUUAAGAACAGAGUUCCCUCACAACUUGUACAUUCAGAACUACUCAUCUGCCAAACCUAACGAAAGCUGCAUAGCAUUGAGGAAAUGGGUCUUUGCACCAACGCAAGAACUUCUGAUGAACCACGAUGAGAAGACCAUGUCAUUCCUCUUUUGGCAGGCGAUUAGCGACAUUUCACAGAAUCGGGUGAAAUGUCCAUCGGUAACCAUGUACGAAUUGAAGGUGCAUCAGGAUAAAGAAAAUAAAUUACAGUACUUAAAAAUUGCGAGGAGUCUUGACGGUUACGGUAUGAUGGUAUUCCCUCAUUGUUCAUGUGAUGCCAAGAAGUCAGGUCAUGUGAUCCCUUCGGUCAGCUACAAGAAGUUUACGCUACAAGCUUGCAAGGAGGACGGCACCUUAGAGGCCCAAGCUCCUUCAUUUGAAUGGGAUGAGAUUUCUCAGUACGAGACGGACGAGGAAGGGAUGGUGUUCUGCUUUGAGUACACCAAGCCUGGAAAGAAACCAAGAUGGGUCAGAGUCUUCACCAAAUACUAUGAAUUCCUAAACGAGUGCUUCGCCAGGGUGCUAAAGGAGAGGGAGUGGUGUCGAGAAAAUGACCAUCGUGGUAAUGGACAACAACCAACCAAUCACAGAGAAGAAGAAGAGGAGGAAGAAGAAGAGGAGGAGGAGGAAGAAGAGGAAGAGGAGGAGGAAGAAGAAGAGGAGGAGGAGGAGGAAGAGGACGAUGGAGAGGAGGAAGAGGAGGAAUUACAUAGAAGACCGGAGCACAGAGAAAUCAUAACUGAAGAAGAAGACGAGGGCUUGUGACCUUUGACCUUCACAUCAAACCAAAGCACUAUUUGCAAACCAACAGAGGACAGAUAGACUAUAUAUACAAAUAUAAAUAUAUAAAAAAAACAGCUUUAUACAGGCAAGCAGUUCUUACAUAUCAUAAAACCAGUGGUAUGCUCUUUUUAUAACCAGUUAUUUUUAUACUCUGGACGUUUACAGGUGUUGUACACAGAAUAUGGUCUAUUAUUUUUUACCAUGGGCUAGCGAAGGCUAAACAAGGUGGUGAUACGGAAGGAAACCUGAUGUUCUUUAAAGAUGUGUUUUCUCGCUUGAAUAAAUAUAUGCUGUUAUAGAUUGAGAGAAACAUUUAUUCACACGCUGAUUCUAUUCCUUUGAUAUCAACUGUCUUUAAAAACAUGUUUUUAUUUUGAUAGAGUGUCGCAAUGUCUUGAAUGUAUUUAGUCUACACCCUGUUUGAAUACAUACAUGUACUAUCAUUCUUACAUCUUUAAGUCAAGUAUCAUUGUAUCUAUAAGGGAAACAUAUUUCUGCUCAACAGACUCACUCAAUUGUGCUCGGCUGAUUCAAGUAAUACAUGGGUAAACUAGAUUCUUACAAACAUACCCCAUUUAUUACCCAUCACCAUUUAGGCAUUGCAUGUUGGUUUAGGAAAUGCAUAUUUUGGUCGUAAAAUACUUAAAGAAUUCGUACCUAUGAACUUUGAUAAUAAAUGAAUGAUCCGGUGUGUUCAAAGUGUGUGUCAUGUCAUGCUGCUAAAGCAUGUAUUCUUUUGUGUAUACGUAACAAUUUUAUGACGUACAUACCCUAGGCAUUUUCAAUACUUAUCAACCUGUACAGCUAUAGGUACAUAUACAAUACGAUAUACAGCAUUUAUUCAUAUCAUAUGAGUAUGUACUUCACAAUACCAAACCUAUUGCUUGAAAUGAAAUCACUUUAUUUUUUGCCUUAUUCACCUACAGCAAUAUAUGUCAUACCGGUAUAUGAUUUGAAUUGUUUGUGACUAUGCUGUAAGUAUCUGGAGCUUUGUAGAUAACGAAGAGUAUGAAUAACACUUAACAGAGUACCUGUGAUAGUCUACAUGUAUAUGGUACUUUUGAUUCUCACACCAAGCAACGUCUACUACAAGCCACUUGAGAGUGAAGACAAACACAAAAUCAUGUCCUCUCUCUCUCUCUCUCUCUCUCUCUCUCUCUCUCUCCCUC